AUCGUUGUCACCAAAGUGGAUAGCAAUGAUGUGAGCAUCCUUCUUGGGUAUGGGAAUGGUUCUUUUGAAAAUCAAAAAAGUUAUUCAGUUGGCUCUUAUCCAUCAUCUGUAGCUAUUGGUGAUGUCAACAACGAUACUCGACUAGAUAUCGUUGUCGCCAAUUGGGAUAGCAAUGAUGUGAGUGUCCUUCUUGGAUAUGGGAAUGGUUCUUUUGCAACUCAAAAUAGGUAUUCAGUUGGCUCUUAUCCAUCAUCUGUAGCUAUUGGUGAUGUCAACAACGACACUCGACUAGAUAUCGUUGUCGCCAAUUGGCUUAGCAAUGAUGUGAGUAUCCUUCUUGGAUAUGGAAACGGUUCUUUUGAAACUGAAACAAGGUAUUCAGUUGGCUCUUCUCCACAAUCUGUAUCUAUCGGUGAUGUCAACAACGACACUCGACUAGAUAUCAUUUUUGCCAUAACUGGAAAUGAUUCUCGACCACAGUCAUUAGUGAUUAGUGAUUUCAACAAUGAUGGUCUGAUGGAUAUUGGCAUUGUUAAUUCACGCACCCACAAUAUUGGUAUUUUUCUUGGAUAUGGAAAUAUCUCUUUUGCAAAUCAAAUGACAUAUUCAACACACCCAUAUUUAUCUCCAUGCUCUAUGGCUGUCGGUGAUUUCAACAAUGAUAGUCGAGUAGAUAUCGCCUUUGUUAGUUGUGAGUCGAACAGUGUUGGUGUUAUUCUUGGAUAUGGGAACGGCUCUUUUGAAAAUCAAAUGAUGUAUUCAACAGGCUCAAGUUCGUCUCGAUACUCUUUAGUCGUAAAUGACAUUAAUAACGACAUUAUACUGGACAUUGUCGUCGCGAAUUAUGAUGCCAAUUAUCUAGGUGUACUUCUUGGACAGGGCGACGGCACUUUCGAAAGCAUUAUGCUAGUUCAGUUGGACUAUGGUUCCGAUCCAUUCUUCGUUGCCAUUGGAGAUU